GCAGAGACGAAUGAGAGAGGAAUAUUAUCUUCUAUAUCCGAAAGCAUUCCAAAUGUAACGGGAGGAAUUCGCCGCCGUUCAGUCAGUCAGUGACGAUUGCCGAUGGGCAAGCGCAGAUGAAAACCCUACCCCACGGCGGGUGAGAAAAGAAGGAAAAGGAAAGAAAAAUGGAAGCGGUGGCCGAGGGGCUGUGGGGCUUGGCCGACCAUCACGAGAAGAAAGGCGAGAUCGGGAAGGCGGUGAAGUGCCUGGAAGCCAUCUGCCAGAGCCAAGUCUCCUUCCUCCCUACCGUGGAGGUGAAGACUCGCCUUCGUAUCGCUACUCUCCUCCUCAAGCAUUCUCACAACGUCAAUCACGCCAAAUCCCACCUCGAACGCUGCCAACUGCUCUUGAUGUCCAUUCCUUCAUGCUUCAACUUGAAGUGCAGAGCAUAUAGUUUACUCAGUCAGUGUUAUCAUCUUGUGGGAGCUAUUCCUUCUCAAAAACAAAUAUUGAACAAAGGUUUAGCGCUUACAGCUUCUACUGGAGAGGGGUAUUCUGCAAAGUUAUGGUCUUGCAACUUCAAUUCACAGCUUGCAAAUGCUCUGAUAAUUGAAGGAGAUUAUCAUGGUUCAAUCUCUGCUUUGGAAAAUGGAUACAAUUGUUCGUCUCAAAUGUUCUACCCAGAGUUGCAGAUGUUCUUCGCAACCUCUAUCUUGCACGUGCACCUCAUGCAGUGGGAUGAUGUUAAUUUGGUUGAGAGAGCUGUCAAUAACUGUCACGUGGUUUGGGAGUCUAUUCAGCCUGACAAGAGACAACAAUGUGUUGGUUUAUUCUUUUACAAUGAGCUGCUGCACAUAUUUUAUCUGCUCCGUAUAUGCGAUUACAAGAGUGCUUCCCAGCAUGUUGAGAACUUGGAUUCUGCUAUGAAGGCUGACAUGCAACAGAUGCGGCACAUCCAGGAGCUGACCAAGGAGCUUAAUGCAUUAAAUCUUAGUCUCUCUCGGUCUGGCCUACACCAUCGAGAGAGGUCUGCGCUUUCUGAAAAACAAGCUCAGCUUGAAGAACAGCUCAGUAAAAUUACUGGAAUGAAUUCAGCUGGGAAAGAAUCUUUGGAACCGGCAUACUUUGGAAAUGUCAGACGGACCUGGGCAGAUAAACUUGAGUUGGCACCACCUCCAAUUGAUGGGGAGUGGCUCCCAAAAAGUGCUAUCUUUGCAUUAAUUGAGCUUAUGGCUGUCCUUUCUGGGCGUCCAAAAGGACUUCUUAAGGAGUGUGGCAAGCGGAUUCAAUCUGGUCUGCAGACCAUCAAAGAUGAGCUGGUGAAGCUUGGAAUCAGUGAUGGUGUGAGAGAAGUGGAUCUGCAGCACUCUGCCAUUUGGAUGGCUGGUAUAUUUUUGAUGCUUUUGAUGCAAUUCCUUGAGAAUAAAGUAGCUGUGGAGCUCACCCGAUCUGAAUUUGUUGAAGCCCAAGAGGCUUUGGUGCAGAUGAGAAAUUGGUUCAUUCGCUUUCCAACAAUUUUACAAGCUUGUGAGAGCAUUAUUGAGAUGCUUAGAGGGCAAUAUGCUCAUUCUGUUGGCUGCUAUAGUGAAGCUGCUUUUCAUUUUAUUGAAUCAGCAAAGCUGACUCAAAGCAAAUCACUACAAGCUAUGUGCCAAGUUUAUGCUGCUGUCUCUUACAUUUGCAUUGGUGGUUCAGAAUCUUCUGCACAGGCUUUGGAUUUGAUUAGACCAGUUUAUGAAAUGAUGGAUUCUUUUGUUGGCAUCCGAGAGAAAACCAGUGUUCUCUUUGCAUAUGGCUUUCUAUUAAUGAGGCAGCAAAAUCUACAAGAAGCCCGAGUUGGGCUAGCUACUGGCUUGCAGUUGACGCAUAUUCAUUUGGGAAAUCUUCAGCUUGUUUCGCAGUAUUUGACUAUCCUUGGCAAUUUGGCACUUGCUCUUCGCGACACUGGCCAAGCCAGGGAGAUAUUGAGAUCUGCCCUUACAUUGGCAAAAAAGCUUUAUGAUAUCCCCACUCAGAUCUGGGUGUUGUCAAAUCUGACAGCUUUGUAUCAGCAACUAGGUGAGAAAGGCAAUGAAAUGGAGAACCUUGAAUAUCAAAACAAAAAAAUGGGGGAGCUGCAGAAGAGACUUGAUGAUGCUCGUUCAUCCAUUCAUCAUAUAGAACUGAUCGACAAAACGACAAUUCAUGUUCAUCAGCUGCAUGAAGUUGACAUCAAGCGUGUAAUGGCCGGCCCAUCAACGGGUAUCAGUCUUGACAUUCCAGAAUCUGUUGGUCUGUCAGCUACAGCACCUGCUCCAUCAAGGCUCAUGGAUUUAGACAUCGGAAGACGGGGGAAGAGAAAAAUAUAGUCCCCGAUCUGCAAAUAUGCCAGUCUAGGGAGAUCAAUGUUCGCUCCAUUGCCAUCCUGAAAGUGGUCAAGGUUGGGUUGAUUAAUGUUUGGGGGAAUAGGCAAUUGUUGCAAGAUAGAUGUCUCAUCUUCAAUUAAAGAUAAUCUGUUUGUAUAUAUUCUCUUGGCUUUCAGGUUGAUUUGGCUAAUUGACAGUGCAGUUGUACAUAGAUGUUCAAGCUGUUUCUCUGCAGUUAACUAUGUUUCAUUUUGACUGCUCUGCCUUUGAUUAUGCUCUCUAAAUCUAGUGUAGGUAUGUAAUCGUAUUAUCUUUUAUAUGGCCAGUUUCAACAUCAUGCAA